GCCUGUCAGAAUUUAGUAGACUGCACUGCGUGGGCUCACUCAAAUUCCAUCUUCCUGUGGCCUAGGCUCUUUUGGAGUCAUCUUGCUUGCUAUAGCAGUUACUGACCUCAUUUCACACAUUGGCAAAAGGAAGAGCUACUGUUUUCAGUCACUGGUUAAAUGGAAGCCACUCCUGGGAUCUGGAUGGUUUCUACUGACAUAGACUUCGCAUAGCAGCUCCAUUGCGUCAGGAGGUUGCAAUGAGUGGAGGAGGGGAGCAGCCUGACAUCCUCAGUGUGGGAAUCUUGGUCAAAGAAAGAUGGAAGGUGUUGAGGAAAAUAGGAGGUGGAGGAUUUGGAGAAAUUUACGAUGCACUGGACUUGCUUACUCGGGAAAAUGUUGCACUGAAGGUCGAAUCAGCUCAGCAGCCGAAGCAAGUGCUGAAAAUGGAAGUAGCUGUGUUGAAGAAAUUGCAAGGAAAAGAUCAUGUCUGUAGAUUCAUUGGAUGUGGAAGAAAUGACAGAUUUAACUAUGUCGUCAUGCAGUUGCAGGGUCGGAAUUUGGCAGACCUGCGUCGGAGCCAGUCUCGAGGAACAUUCACCAUUAGUACCACUCUGCGGCUUGGGAAGCAGAUUUUGGAAUCUAUUGAAAGUAUUCAUUCUGUGGGAUUCCUGCACAGGGACAUAAAACCGUCUAACUUUGCAAUGGGACGUUUUCCUAGCACCUGUAGGAAGUGUUUUAUGCUGGAUUUUGGCUUGGCACGGCAAUUUACCAACUCAUGUGGGGAUGUCAGACCACCACGAGCUGUCGCUGGUUUUCGAGGAACAGUACGAUACGCAUCAGUCAAUGCUCAUAGAAACAGAGAAAUGGGUCGGCAUGAUGACCUCUGGUCCCUGUUCUACAUGUUGGUGGAAUUUGUGGUUGGGCAACUGCCUUGGAGAAAAAUAAAAGAUAAGGAGCAAGUGGGCUCCAUUAAAGAAAGGUAUGAGCACAGACUUAUGUUGAAACAUCUUCCUCAAGAAUUCAACAUCUUUCUGGAUCACAUUUCUAAUUUAGAUUAUUUUACAAAGCCUGAUUACCAGCUUCUCAUGUCUGUGUUUGACAACAGCAUGAAAACAUUUGGGGUUAUUGAAAGUGACCCUUUUGAUUGGGAGAAGAGUGGAACUGAUGGCUCUCUGACAACAACAACAACUUCAACCACACCUCAGUUACACACCCGUCUUACUCCAGCUGCAAUUGGAAUUGCCAAUGCCACUCCUAUCCCAGGAGAUCUUCUGCGAGAAAACACAGAUGAAGUGUUUCCUGAUGAACAGCUCACUGAUGGAGAGAACGGUAUACCAGUUGGUGUCUCACCAGAGAAACUUCCUGGAUCCCCUGGGCAUCAGCGUCCUCAGGAAAAAGACGUUUGGGAAGAAAUGGAUGCAAACAGAAACAAAAUCAAACUAGGGAUCUGUAAGGCUGCCACAGAAGAAGAAAACAGCCAUGGGCCAGUGAAUGGAAUGCUUAAUGCACCGAGUCUUGGCUCUCCAAUUCGUGUUCGCUCAGAGACCACCCAGCUAGACAGAGAUGUCCCACUGGUGCGAAAGUUACGUUCAAUUCACAGCUUUGAACUGGAGAAGCGUCUGACAUUGGAGUCAAAGCCAGACACUGAUAAAUUUCUUGAGACCUGUUUGGAGAAGAUGCAGAAAGACAUGAAUGCUGCGUCAGAGACUCCUGUUGGUGCUGUUCCUCCUCCUUCUCAGAAGACACCCAUUCCUGCUCCUGUGACUACCCGCAUGGACCAUGUUUGGCACUAUGAUGAAGAAUAUCUUCCAGACCCUUCAAAGCCUGUGUCAGCUGGUUCUCCAGAACAUGUUGAUGGUGUUAUUAGCAAUGGAUUUGUAGCUGUCAACUUAAGCUCCUGCAGGCAGGAAGUUGAUUCUAAGGAAUGGGUAAUAAUAGAUAAGGAACGGGACUUGCAGGACUUCAGGACAAAUGAGGCUUUAGGGCACAAAAAUACUGGAAGUCCUUCAGAUGAAGAGCCAGAGGUACUACAAGUUCUAGAGGAGUCUGCUCCGGAAGAGCAGCCCAGACAGGGUGGUUGGGCAGGAAACAGUGUCCAUGUCAAGAACCAAACCUCAGGGGUGGAGUUUGUUCUAGCCAUGGAGUGUCAUCCUGCUGCUUCCGAACAGUUUACAGAUAAAUUGGAACUUCAGUCCGGAGCUGCUGGACAGCUUCUUGCAGCCACCCCUACAAGUCCUAUGGAAGCUCAAGCAGAAGGAGCGCUCACUCCGCUCAACUCAUCUCAUAUGCUGCAUUUCUCCACUCCAAGAAUUUCAAGUCCCAUCCUCCGCACCAUGAGCCCUAUAGCCUAUCUUUCCAUCCACUCGGACCCUCUGAAAGAGGCUGGUUUACCAAGGAGUCAGUCAGCUGAGAGCCACUCCUCUUCUUCCCGCUCAACUGGUCGUAGGCAGCUUCCUGUCAUUCCCUGUGGCAACAAGUUCCCCCCUGUCAUUCGCACCUCAAAAGCACAACUUCAGCAGAUAACAAUACCCAGACCUUCAGUGGCAUCCACACAGUCUGCUUCAGAGAGCUUUCAUUAUGGCCACCAGCUAGAGAAAAGAGAGCAGGAUGCUCAGUCUAUGGAGCACACCAUGGAACUUUCCUCUCCGAAGGAAAGUUUGCCAGGUUUGGUUGUGACAGAAGACUCACUUCCAGCUAGUGCCAGCAGACCAGAUUUGGUACUUAAUAUCAGCCAAGAGGUGCUUGACAGGGAAGGACUUGUCAAAGAAUGUGUCAAUGUCCUGGACUGUGGCAAAAAGGACCUGCCUGAACAACAUAGUGGGAUACAGGAAGAGAAAGAAUUUGAAAAUAUUCCUGUAGGGGAGACUGAGGAAGAAAGGCUUCCAGUGGUUUCUGAGGAUGCCAUUGAAAUGCUAAGCAAAGAACAGAAUUUUUUGCCAGGAAACUCAAAAUCUGCAGAGGAAGAACCUCUAACGAAUACUGAAGCUGCUGAAGAAUCGAAGCCAAGGCCCAUCUAUUUGGUGCCAAAUCAAGAUGAGGUCCUGAAGUCAAUAACACCUAAAAUAUCAGAAUUUUCUCCCUCAAGACUUACCAACCCACAUGUCAAUAGACAGGCAAGCAAAAUAGCACCAGUUCAGGAAAAUGGUUUUCAUUCUAAUAAGGAAGAAGUCCAUAUCCAAGACUUGAAAUGCCACCAAGUGGCCCUUACUACUUUUUUGCACCAGGAGGACAAAAAAGAGAAAAAUGCUCCCAGAAAUGGAGAAUUAUUCCACUGCAUUUCAGAAAAUGAGAAUUCUCAUCGAUCUAAGAAGGACUUAGUUAAAUCUCCUUUUGUAUUCAGGCAGAGCCGAAUCCCAGUUUUAGCACAAGAGAUAGACUCAACGUCAGAGUCCUCUUCUCCUGUUUCAGCAAAGGAAAAGCUUCUUCUAAAAAAGGCCCAUCAGACAGACUUGGUCAGACUACUUAUGGAAAAGAGACAGCUCAAAUCUUUCCUUGGUGACCUCUCAAGUGCCUCUGAUAAGUCACUGGAGGAAAAAAUGGCUGCUGCUCCAGUACCGUUUUCUGAGGGUGAUGUGUUAUCCUCAUUUUCUAGAUUAACACUGGACUCUCAUUUCAGCAAGCAGACGGAAGAUAGCUCUCUAUCUCCAAGCAGCCCUCAGUCCAGAAAAAGCAAGAUUCCAAGGCCAGUGUCCUGGGCAACCACUGAUCAAGUCACCAGUUCAAGUUCAGCUCAGUUCUUUCCUCGGCCACCACCAGGAAAACCACCUACUAGACCUGGGGUAGAAGCUAGGUUACGCAGAUACAGAGUCCUAGGGAGUAGCAGCUCGGACUCAGAUCUUAUCUCUCGUCUGGCUCAAAUCCUACAGAAUGGAUCUCAAAGACCAAGGAGUUCUACCCAGUGUAAGAGUCCAGGAUCUCCACAUAGUCCAAAAACACCACCCAAAAGCCCUGUUAUACCCCGACGCAGUCCUAGUGCCUCCCCUAGGAGCUCUUCCUUACCCCGUACUGCCAGUUCUUCUCCGUCCCGGGCUGGGAGACCCCAUCAUGAUCAGAGGAGUUCAUCCCCACAUCUUGGGAGGAGUAAAUCACCUCCUAGCCAUUCAGGCUCCUCAUCUUCUAGGAGAUCCUGCCAACAAGAGCACUGCUGCAACAAACCAAGCAAGAAUGGUCUGAAAGGAUCUGGCAGUUCCUUCCACCAUUCCCCUAACACUAAGACUCCCACAGGAAAGAGCAAAUCAACCACUAAGCUUAGCAGAUAGGAACUGGGCCUUGACAGGUAUAAAGCCUCCUCCUAAAUCUGAUGCAUGUUGUGUCUGUGUACUGUGUAUUUUAAAAAAUAAUCAAAAAAAAAUUUAAAAAAAAGUUGUCGAAUCUGCGCUUUUUAAAGAAAGCAAGCAGCAUAAACUAUUCAUGAGAAAGCAUACUGUGUAAAUAAGUGGCCAGGCAUUGCCUAAGAGCAGGCAGCAAGCAGAUCUGUGAGAGGGGAAGUAGAGGCCAGGAUAAGAAUGACUAAGUAGUCAACGAGGUGCAAUGUAUUUAGAGUAAAAAAAAAUAAAAAUCUCUAAGGUGAGUGUUUUAAAAGGAUAUUUAUUUCAAUGUUUUUAGUUUACCUAGCUAGGAGAUUUGGCCUAACUAUUUAAGACCUUGCAUACUCAAGGAGUACGUAAGGAAACCUGCAACAGUUAUUCCCAAAAUAAUGUCACCACUUGGGAGACUAGUACUGCUCAAGCAUGUCUUUGUGGUUUUAAAAAAGCACACCAUUUAGAAGACGAUGGUAUUUCUACCUAAUAAGUCACUUCCAUUUUGAGCUGCACACAUCUCUUGAGUCACUCAGUUCUCAUCUUGUCCCCUAUCUACCAUGGCGCAGACUUUUUCCCUAUCGUAUACUUUGCCCCUUCUUGACACUGAUGAUGUUUUAAAAAUGAAUAUUAACAUUUGCCAAGAUGUUUUUAUAUCUAUAUUCUUUAGAAAUUUGUUUAGUACUCAUUAGAAUCCAAGAAGCUAAUUCUCAGUUCUAUAUCAUGCACUUCUUUAGGAGUCAUGGUGGGGUUCUUCAAACCGCGUUUGGUAGCAUUUGGAGAACUAUUCCUGUCUAGGAAAUGACAGAAAGGAGGAGAUGUCUGCACUUCAAUGAAUGUUGCAGAUUUAUGAUAAAUUACUACGUAAGCUAGUAAAUAAGUUAGAAAACAGAAGUACCUGUUUUCCCUUAACUCUUAUUAUUGCUGGCUUUUGUUUUUCCAUUAGUUAUGGAUCACUUAAAUCGCUGAUCUUAUCGUGCAGAGAUGAUUAUCAACAAAUAUUUGCUUUUGAUUUUUUGGUCAUUUUAAAAAUAAAAACAUGAAAGUUGAAACAGAUGAGAAGAUUGUCUACAGGUGACAGAAAUAUACUUAACACCCUUACAAAAUCUGGUUAAGAAUAUUAGUCAUCAAAGCAAAACAUACAGAAGGCAAUCUGAGAUAUUUUUUAUGUUGGAUUCUUGUCGUUGUUUUGCCCCAAAGGUUUUUUUGAUAGCCAAGCUUCACUGUCUGUCAGUAAAGUCUGUGGUGUCUAAUUCCUCCAAUUUUGUCUGGUAAUUACUUAAUAAUCUCUUGUGCCCUACUGGAUCUCUGUUGGGAACUUAACGGUACAGCACUUUUUGCUAUAGUCAGAAGGGAAUAGUGGCUAAGAGUAGUAACGCACAAGAAUGCAAGCCUGAGAAAGAUGCAGCCAGCUCUCUGUAAUUAUUCCUAUUGUGGGGACACUGGAUGCAUAGGAGACCUGUCAGUUACUGAUCUGCUUGCUGCAGUCAUAUUGCCUCCUUCAGCCAGCAUCUGUGCUUUUUUAUUUAACCUCUGCCAAAUGAAUACCUUUGGAUUAAAAAGGGAAUAUUUUGUCUCUGAGCUAACACAUUUUAAUGCUGCAUUAAAGCUGCCCUGGAGCUGCACUGAAGUUCACUUGCUUUGUCAGACUAUGUUGAUUUAUUCUUUUUUCUUUUCUUCCUAUGAAUAUGUAUAUUGUUUCCCAUAUGUAAUGUAGCACAGUGUGGAACCUUAAUUUCAUUCAGGUUUCAAGCACUACAGAUGAAUGCAAUAGGUAGGGUAUACCUGCUUUUUCUGAAGAAACUGUACCAUUGGAAAGUCCUAUUCCUUUGUAUUAUAUUGUAUAAUAGGUGCUAUACCAAUAAUUGCAUGUCCUCAUGGUAAAUUAUAUAAUAUAAAUAUUUAUAUAUAUACAUAUAUGUAUAUGCUUAUAUAAACUCAUUCUUUUCUCACUUUUCAUUUGUAAUUUAUGGACCACAAAUAAUACGGUUCCCUUUCUGUUAAUUUCUGAAUACUUUUAGCAUUACAUCUUCUAUUUUCCCCAAACAAUUUCUGGAAUGCACAAAUUCUAAUAGCCUUUAUACCUUGGUAUAAGAUUGAAGGACUGCUGAUUUCUCAACCAGCCAAUGUUUUGUCUUGCAGCUUGCUUUUUUUGUUUAUAAUUUUGUGUGUGCGUUUGCAUAUGGAACAAGAAGAGAGACUCAAAGGUAUUUUUAUUUUUGAUUACAAACAGGGCUUGUGGUUACUUAUUUUUAUUUCAGAAUGUGAGUUCUUAAUUGUUAUGAAUGCUUGUCAUAUAGGAGCAGUGACAUUCAAUGAAUACCUAACAGAUGAAUGUGACAAUAACAAAUUUCAUCUUCUCCUUCCUGUUUUCUUCAUGCUUCCUUACAGUAUACCAUAAAGAGAGUUUGGUCCUAUUGUAAUAUUUUUGCCCUGGGCACUGCUGGAACUAUUUGUUAAGGUGGUGUGGCAGUCUAUGAUUAUUUUUCUUCCCCUUUCCCUUAUUUCUGAAAAGCAUUUAUUAUGGUCUUGUAAGCUUAUUCCUACAUUAACAUGGUCAGUUUUAAUAGGAACCAACUUUAUGUAUCCUUGCCUGAACUGCUGAAGUUGAGGUGUUUAUAUUUUCUCUCCAGUGUAGCAGGAUCCAGAAACAGGUAAUUGCUUUACAGGUGACAAAGAAUAUAACACCUAAGGAUUUUCUGUGCUGUCUUCAGAGUCAAACUUGUCCAUUGUUGCACAUUACUAUGUAAAAUAAAUCAAUGCUGUAGAAACUCACUUGUACUUGAACUACUUGCCAAUGUAAAAAUAGUAAACUAUGCCAAAAUGGAGAAAGAGUUAUUAAUCAGGAUUGAUGACCCAGGCUUCUUUCAGAGCAGAAAAAGCUAUAAAGACUGUAUAGCCCCAGUUGCUUUUUGCUGUGAAUUCAACAGGGUCUAGUGAGAAAAUCAUGAAGAUAUGAAUGGAGGAGUGAUUGUGAAUAACUUUAUCUUGAACUACCCACUCUUAUGGAGUUUUUUAUUGCUUGAUACCAUCCCCCCAAAAGUUUACAGAAUUGCUUACUGUAGUCUAAUGUAGCGGUUAAUGUGGUUAGGUAAUGGUCAGCUGAUCAACUCACACAUAAAUAUUAGCUUAAUAUUUCUAGAGGGCCUGUAUAAUCAAGCACUCUGUAAGCUUUGAUAUUUAAAUAUGCAACUGACUGCAUAAAAACACCAGUGUACAUGUGUGUGGCCCUCGUGCAGAGUGUGAUUGAAUGGUUUAGGGAGGGUUAUCUGCAACAGACUUUCAGGGACGGGGAAGGUUUUUCUCCUUUGUAAAAACUGGUUACAGUUAUUCUGCAUAGCCCGCAGAGGCUUACGCAGGGAUUUUAGCUGGGAAACAAUAUAAUUCAAGGAGCUGUUACUUUGUCCUCCUCAAGCCUCCACUUCUUUAGAGGGCAGUGCAAUGGAGCCCUGACAUGUAGCAGAUGCUGCACACACAUUUCCUCUCUAUGGUGUUUCCUGUGUUGUGGCCAGCACUUUGGAGCAUUUUUUAGAGAAACUGAGGCAUGAAGCCUUUCAACUAAAAUAGAACUUGAAAAGACUGAACAUUUCACAGUCUUCUGUGCUGUGAUACUGCAUGGUAUAAGCAAUCUUAAGUUGCAACCUCAAAAAUCUAUAUUAAUAUUAAUAAACCUCAUUAUUAAUUACAAAUGCCAGUUAUGACUUAAGUAAAACCCUGCUAAAAGUAAUAGAAGGUGUGAUACAGUAGAGCAACACUGGCAAGUUAUAUGAUGCUAGGCACCUAUCUACUACUGGAGCAGGAUCGGUAAGCAUAGAAAAUUUCAGUGCUCAAAGGCAGGAGCAGUAUGAGGGCUUAACUGCUAGUUAUAUACAAUUAUUCAGGAGGUAAACCCCUGGGGAGUGACAUGGGGCAUUCAUUAUAGCCACCAGCCACAUCCUGUCUUGGGAAAUCUGGACAUAUUUUUGCCUUGAAGUCUGCAUGUUUGAGAUCAAGCUUUCUUACAUACCUCACUAAACAGUCUCAAUGUAAAGGGGAGGAUCUGGUCCUAUAUAUUUAAAAAUAGCUUGAAAUAUUUUUCGUCUGAAAAAGAAUUGCAAGAGCUCUAUCACUUCCAAUUUGUAGUUUUACGGUAUUAACUAUAGCUGGGAAAACACAGUUUUGAUUUUAUAGAUAUAAAUACGUAUUUGUACAUAAGUGUAUCGAUAUAUACACUUACAUAGAUACUGUAUAUUAUAUAGAAAAAUAUAUACAUACAUACAUAUGUGUGUAUAUACAUAUAAAUAGGAACAGUCUAAGCUAUUGCAUCCUGUUUACUAGAAUUAAUUUGCCAGAGUGAGCUGAGGCCUGUUUUGAUUUGAUUUGCUCUGAUCUCCUCUUCAUCUACCGUAAUUUGGCUAUGCCCUAAUUCUGAUUCUGUGUCUUAUCCAUAUUACAAGGCCUGAUCCUAUAGUCCUACUUGAGCAAAACUCCCAGAAGUUCUCCUUACUGCAGUAACAUUUUUGCAAUGGCAGACUGUAGUGCUUCUAAAAAAAAAUUUUCUUUUUCCCUUCAGUGAGAAUGUAGACAAAGCCAGACUUACAGUACAGGCUCUUUCCUGAAAACAGAAAUGUUUUUUGUAACGAAUUGGACGUUUCUGUGGAACACUGAGGCAUAAAUUCUGGCAAGAAGGUGAUUAUUCCAAUUUCUUAAAAGAGUGUAACAGCAAACUAGGGAUAUGUGCCUUCAAUUUUUAAAUAUAUGUUAAAUGAGAGAGGAAUCUGCUGAAAAGGAAUGUGAGAAUAAAGGAGAGCGCAGAGUCAAAUUGGUUUCUCAUUAUAGGCCUAUAAUAUAUCUUAAUUUUUUCAUGCGAGCCUGAUCCCGUGAGGUGAUGAAAGCCAUGCCCCUCUUGUCAAUUCCAGUGAGCAAGGGGCUGCUUAGGUGUCUUAGGUUAACACCAUGAUUCCCUGUGGCACAUUCUCUGUAUGCGUUUCCACUGUAAGGAGUGGUCGGAGAACUGUCAGCUAUAUAAAUAAAAGCCUUGAAUGAUGAUCCGUGAUUCCUUUCUUCAGCUGGUAAAAGCUUUGAAUGCUCGUUCCUAUUUCUGAAACUUGUGGAACAGUGCAUAAUAGUUUUAUUCUACUUCUUUCAGCUAAUUUAGUAGGCAGUGAACUGAAGGGUUUUGUUUGCUGUUUUGCUUUUGGCUCAAGUGUCUGGUUCCAAUUACUGCAAUUUUCAGUAACAGGUAACGCUGGUAAAAAUAAGCGAGGUUUGCUGUUUUGACUACAUGCACUACAUAGGCAUAGGUCAUACAUUUCUUAGCUAAUAUAUGCAAAUUGCAUAAACACGCACCUCACACGGUAAUACCUCAGCUGUCUGCUUGAAGCCAGUCUUCCCUACGUAUAACAUUUGUAAAAGAGAAAUUAUGUAAGUCAGCCUGCAUCGUGUAAUAAUUGUCUGGAAUUAUCUUAAGAUACUGUCAAAUGCUGAAAAGUUUUUAUCACUCAUUUUCCUGUGGUUUAAAUAAUCAGGCUUUUAAAUAUUAGCCUUUGAGGUUUGGUGUUUGGGUUUUUUGGGUUUUGUGUUUUUUUUUUUUUUUAAGGCAAAAUACAUAGGAGUGUUGUUUUGAAGUCUAAUGUAUUAACUUGGCCAUUAUUCUAGCCACCCGGGUUUCAACGUGAGGGCUGAUUUUACUCUCCAUUAUUGGUAACACAUUCUCUCUUAACAGUAAUAGUGAUAAACCCAAAUGUUAGCAUAUGCCAUUUAUGUAUUUUGCUCCAGUUUCUCUUCCACAUGAAGAACUUGGAUCCUUGGGAAUUCUUGCUGGUUUUCUGCAGGUGAAACUUCCAUUAAAAUCAGUAUAGGGUCUUGUUUUGUUGAAUUGUUUUCCCCUGUUUAGGGACUGAAGGAAUAAACUCACUAUAAAUAUCAUACCUGCAGCGGCUGUAUUUUAAAUUGGAAAAUGUUU